UCCAAAAUGGCGUCCCUGCUGCCCGAGUUACUGUUUGAGACCAGCGGUCAGGCGCCUUCUCCCUCUAAAGAUUUCUAUCAGCUCGCUGUAACAAAAACAGAGGUUAUAUGGAGGUGGUGGAAGAUUUCUCUCCGUAUCCAGUUGCAAGGCACGUUGCCCGGGGAAAUGAAACAGAGUCAUGUGGAUUUUCUAAAUGAUGCCAGACUACAACAGCAAGUUGGUGUGGUGUUUGGGUCACAGUUACUGGAGUACACACUUGGCCUCUGUGAAGGGAGGUUUGAUUAUCUGGAGCGUUUGCCUGAUAAGCUGCUGCUGCGUAUUCUUUCCUAUCUGAGCCACCAGGACAUUUGCCACCUCAGCCAGACCUCACACCAUUUCAGGAAGCUGUGUGACUCUAAAGAAUUAUGGGAACAGGCAGUGCGGCAAGGCGGUAAUGAAAUCACACCCGAAAUAGAGAUGCUGGCCAACAAGUUCGGCUGGAGGAGGAUCUACAUGACUUUCUAUCAUAAUAAAGCCCAGCAUGGCAGUGAGACAGACAUAGACAUCGAAAUGGAUGAAGAUAAGGACAAAGAUGAACCACAUGAAUCCCUUUAAACAUGGCUCUUAGAAGCAGUUUAUUAAUCUCUGUGAUAAAUUAUUGUUCUUAUGUUUGCAAUGUUAUCAUUAAUGAACUUUCUUGACACGCUUGUUCCCCAACUGUGUGUUUGUCAGAUGUGGAACACAAUGUAAUUACACAGCCUUUAGAGAUGAUUGAUUGUAAUGAUCUAAUACUUGUUCUCAGUCGCUUACAUACAUUUCAGAAAACAGUUUCUCUGCUUCCAAGCAUUCUAGUAUAUUUCUCAAAACUAUACACCAUUUA